GCUCAUCUUCAUGUUGGUCUUCUAUGGCAGGUUCAGCUUGAGCUCACAGCGAGCCUCACCAGCCAACCCGAGACCAUAUCGGAUACACAGGACUGAGUUAAGGGUCUCCAGGACCUCCGAGUUCUCAGGGUCUGCUCUGACUGUGGGACUGUGGGACGGGACCGUCACUGAAGAGCCUGAGGGUUCAUCUCAGAGUCUCCGAAAGUCUCCAACAACUCCACAAAACCCGCUAGUCGCUUUUUAAUGAAUAAAGUCGCCAGCGGCUCUGAAAAGUCGCUAAGUUGGCACCAGUGCACCGGGGCAAGCACCUACACUACACCGAUAAGAGUCCCUGGGCAAGACUCCCAACACCGCCUUGGCCGGUAAACAGCCAAAUGCCGUAAAUGUAAACACUUCAUGACGCAAUUCAAGAGCGGGACUCCAUGUCACCCCCCGGACCAAAAAGGAGUCGUUGAUUUUUCGUCUAUAAUGUUAAUGUUUAAAAGCCAAACCGAGCAUUUCGGCUCACUCGACGCUGUAGACUAACGACUCACUAGCAACGGAGCUAAAUGCGCUCGCUAAGCGUUCUACUUAGGACACAAGUACGCGGAUUGGAGCGCGCCCAACCGUCGCGUAAUAGUGACAUCGAGCUGAACCCGGGAGCCACACGAUGGGCGAUUCGUGCGCGCGAUGAAACGGAGCUGUUUUACUUCCCAGUAAUGCAGAAAAUGAGACCGACUUCGCUGUGGCAGACCCGCUAGACGGAAGGCCACUCAUGGAAAAUGGCUGAUCAUCAGAUUGACGACCCGAAGAUCGCUUUCGCUUACCUGCGGCCCUCCUGCGUGCUCCUGACCAAAGAGCCAAUCCUGUGCAACAUACAGGCUCUGAGUGGCCACUUGCGUGCUGUUAGUGAUGGCGCCCUCCAGUUGCUUCAGGACUACGCACUGUUUCCUCUCCGCUUUGUCCUCAAGACCCCGGGGCCCAAGCGGGAGGCUCUCGUCCAGGCAGCCAUGGAGGCCAUGACCUAUGUUCUGGAAAACACCUGUAUUCACAGCUGGGAAUCUUUACGUGAUCUCUUUUCUGAGUUGUGCCUUUGCCUCUGUUCCCCCACGGAUCCAGGAAAGCCAGCUCCAGCCUCAGAGGAGCUGAAGUUGGCGGUGCUGCGAUGCCUGGAUGCCCUCUUGCAUUCCGCAUAUGGCGAUGUUUUCUUUAAGCUUUACGAACCAACAAUGCUGCCUGGACUUGGAGCUGCUGUAUCCUUGUUUCUGGCCCUAGCAGAGCAAGAGAAGGCCAGAGAGGUGCAGACAGAAGCUCUGAAGUGUCUCCUCUCUCUGUUUAUACAGUGUGAUUGUUCAAGAACUCAUUUGGAGCCAGAAAAAGAGGAGAGGCGUAUGCUUGGCAGUGCUCUGGCCACGUUCCUUCCAGGAAUCACCCGUGCCUUGAGUCAAGUGAUUGGUGGAGAUGUAAGACAAGGACAUGCAGUUACGGUGAAAGCCAUGCGAGUUUGGUACACAACAGUGGGACUUGUCAUGGAGGAUGACCAGCUUCAGAAUGCUAGCAAAGACAACAUAGACACAUCUGAAUUAGGGAGGGUUGGAGGACUGGUGGUGAAAAGGACUCCAUCUUGGAGCAAGGCCACCUCCAAAAGACUUACUUUGGCUUUGCAGAAGGUUAUCUCUUGUACUUCUGCACACCAGCACUGGAGAGUAAGACUGGAACUUGUCAAUCUCUCAGACUAUCUCCUCGCCCGCUGCAGCAGGUCUCUAGCAGAAUGCACUGGUCCUCUUCUGGAAGCGCUGGUAGGGGCAGUCAAUGAUGAGGAACCUAGAGUCAAAGAGAGGUGCAGUGCAGUCCUUGAUGAAGUAGCUAGAAGAAACCAAGCUAAUGGAGGUCAGGCCCUCAAAGACGUUCUGUCAGAAAACUUGCAUGGCUUGGUGUCCUCGCUGCCUCGUCUCAUGAGAACGACAGAUGACAAGCGCAAACUAUUCGUGCUCAAUGUCUUCUUGGGGUACCUGAAGAUCUUGGGGCCACAGAUAGAUUUGGUGCUGACGUCAGCGGCACACCUGCAGCGUAUCUCCAAAGCACUAAUGCAGGUACUGGAGUUGGACGUCUCAGAUGUGAGGAUUGUAGAAGAAAGGACUUUUGCACACUUGGUGGACCUGGGACUGGAGACUCUUGAAGCACAGUUACAGAGGAAGUACUUUCUCUACUUUACAGAUGACAAGAUCUUCUCUGCAUUAAAGCAGAUUUGCCGGAUGUUAGGGCACUAUGGAAACAUCUACUUACUCGUGGACCACUUUCUGGAUCUCUACAAGGAGUCUUUGGCUUAUCGUAAACAAGCUGCCCUGGUUCUCAAUGAGAUUAUCACAGGGGCAGCAGGAAUUGGCAUACAUAUGGAACCUUCUAGGACAGACAAUUUUAGAAUUAACCAUUCUAAAACAAACCAUGAAGACCUAAAAUCUGCAGUCAUGUCUAUUGUUGAGGAAUACAUCAGUUUGAAUAAUUGGCAUCUCCCCACUGUAAUGGAGCACGCAGAUAUUGAGCAACAGGAGAAACUUCAAUCUCCGAUCUCUGCAAUCAUGAGAGGCCAUGAGGGUAACAGCCUGCAUCUGGUUCCAGCUUCCAACAUUGGUCACAGAUCUCCAACACUCCACCAGCUGAACAGCAACAUCUGGCAGAUAUGUAUCCAGCUGGAGGGGAUUGGUGCCUUUGCUUUAGCCUUGGGCAGUGACUUCUGUCUGCUUCUGAUGACCUCACUUUACCCAGUGCUGGAGAAAGCAGGAGAUGAGUCACUCCUGGUCAGCCAGUCCGCUCUCGGCGCCAUGCACAACCUUUGCGUGGCUUGCAAUUACAGCUCGCCCAAGGACUUGGUCAUCAGCAAUGCGGACUACCUGCUGAACGAUGUAUCCCUUAACCUGGGCAGACCCAGCGUUCACCCUCAUGCUCCCCGGGUUCUUGCCGUCAUGUUUGCCCAUUCAGAUGCAACUUUGCUGCCCCUAGUGGUUGACGUGGUGCAGGACUUGUUAACAAUGCUGGAUCUGAGCUAUGACCAGAGAUCACUGCAAUUCUCUUCUGCACUGCAUUCACUCAUGAAGGCAAUGGUGAGGUGGUUUCCUUCAAGUGCUAAAGAUCACAUAAAGCCUCCUAGAGUCCCACCCAGCCAGAAUCCCAAGCCACUUGACCUGCGGCAGUUUCUCCUGGACUACAAAAAGCAGAAGGAGCUGGCUGAAGGGAUCGGUGCUAAUGAGGAAGACCUCAGUGAUGCAGAGAUGCCUCCAGUAGCCCCGGGUUGUGAGGAUCACAGUGGAUUGGAGGAAGGUCCUGAUGUAAAACCGGAGCUGCCCAUGCACGUUUCUGUAGCUAAAGAUGUGAUGGAGCGCUGUGUCCACCUGUUGUCGCACACCAGCAUAGGAACACGACUGAAGGUGCUGGGCAUUGUGGAGCUGUGUGUGAAUGUACUGUCUGAGACUGAGAAUGAGCUUUUACCCAUGGUGCACCGCUGCUGGCCUGCGCUCCUCCAACGCCUCACGAAUGAUGAUCCGCUGGUGAUACCGCAAGCUUUCAGGGUGCUGUGCGUGUUGGGAGAGUUGUGUGGUGACUUCCUGAGGAAACGUGUGUCUAAAGAGGUUCUGCCCAGGCUCACCUCUGCCCUGUGGCGGCAGGCCGAGACCAGCGCCCGUUCUGGCCCGCUUUACACCCACACACUCACCUACAAGCUGCAGCUGGCAGUGCUGCAGGGUCUGGGACCCCUGUGUGUGCGUCUGGAUCUGGUGGACUCUGAUCUGGACAACAUCUCCGAGGCCUGUCUGCCUUACCUGAGCUGCCGGCAGCCAAUCGGACUGCAGGAGGCCUGCCUGAGUGUUUUCCGGCAUCUGAUGCAGGUGGAUCCGGACGCGUGCUGGUUCAGGUUGACCGAGCUGUGCUGUCCCACAGCGUACGAGCUACCCCACAUGAGCCUGCACCCCGUCAGACUGAGUGGAAUGGACAGACAGAGGAACGAAUACACAGACAACGUCCUCAAACUCCUGCAUGAGCUCCAGCUGUGUGAGGAGAACGAAACUGACAGCAGAGCCGAGAAGUGACUGAUGCUGAAGCUCUGAGUGGAAGGAUAUUUUAUCCUAUGCUAAUAGAACAGUGAAUUAAAGCUAGUGGAGGUCAUUUCCAGAGUGCUAGAACCCACCUAGCUUUCAUCAAUGGCCUAUUUUUAGGCAAAGUAGAUUUUAACCUGCAGCAUUUGGAAAACUGGUGUGGAAAUAGCCCAACUUCACAGGUCACAUCUCAGUGGAUUUACUGGAAACACCCUGUAUUGUGCUUCUUAUGUUCAUCACAGCAUGCUUGAUGUUAUACAUUACUUUUUUUUUAAUGAACAUGCUGAUUCUUCUUGGACCAAUGGCUCUGGCUCUGUGCAUCAGUUAGGCUCAUCCUCUUAGUGUGUCUGGGAUCCUGGUUGGGGUGGACAACAUAGCGUUAGUGUGAUAUUACAUCAUGAGAUGAUUGAAAGUUUAGAAUCAAUGUUUUCAUGAACAUAAAACCAAUUUUGUUGCAGAUGAAUGUGCUGAAUGAACCUAUGAUGCUAUUGUUCUGUUGCUUUCAGUCAGUUUGUAGGAAGCUGUGAAGUUGACAUUUUUGCUGAUGAACAGAGCUGUUGAUUUCAUAAUAAUUGAGAAAGCUGUACAGUAUUGAGACUUAUUAUAAAACUUAUUUAUAAAAUGUA